AUGUCAGCUUCAAACAGCGAGGACCUAAUAUCAUCCUUGUAUCCCCCGCCACCACCAUUUGUGAAAUUUUUCACUGCCGAAAACUUGGAUAAAUUAGAGGAAACUCGCAAAGCAAACUCAAGUAAAGUAAAAGAAGGUGAUAACAAUGACACCGAGGAGGAUCUACAAGGGGAACUCAAAUUCUUGGUACCUCCAAAGAUGCCAUCAGGAUCUCAGUAUAGAGGUUACGGAAAUAUAUGGUCAUUCAAGGACAAACUACCGAAUUUAAAAGAUACUCAAUGGGAGCAGCUUUAUGACGAUGCCAAUUUGACAUCAGAGACAAAGAUUAGUGAAUUGCACAAGAUUAUGGACUCGUUGUUGCUUAAUUUUAUUGAGUUGAUUAGUAUUUUAAGUGUUGAUCCUCAACAAUUUGAACCAAAAGUGAAGGACAUGAGUUUGUUGUUGAUAAAUUUCAAUCAUUUGUUAAAUACCUACAGACCACACCAAAGUAGAGAGAGUUUGAUAAUGAUGUUGAAGAGACAAAUACAGGCGAAAAGGGCUGAAAUUGAAAACAUUGAAUCUGUGUGCAAAAACGUAAAAUCUAAAAUAAUGAGCAUAGCUGAAGACGACGUUGAUAUGAAUGAGAACGAAAGUGAUGAAAAGGUGGUGAGUGAUUACGAUGGAAAUGUAGAGAAAGAUAAAAUAGUGAAUCAACUUCUACAAAAUGUAUAA